AAAACCUUUAUCCAGUUAUUGAGACAAUAUGGACGCCCGCUAGGGAGGCACUUACCUGUCAAAAAUCUAUCCCAAUUUCACCACGUUGUGGGAGUUUUUUUUACCUUUUGAUUUUCUGUUAUUGAAAUUGUGGUGGUAGUGAAUUAUUGGUGAAAAUGUUGACCGCAGCAGCAAGUACAUUGUCCAACAAUACUGGUGGAUCUUACAGCAAUGAUAGGCCAUCGGAUCCAGAGCUCGGCACAGAUCCGGCUUCUGGUGGAUUCUUUCACUCCGAUUAUAAGAAACAUGACGAUCUAAAACAAAUGCUGGACAGCAACAAAGAUGGAUUGAAAUUGGAAGCUAUGAAACGAAUUAUUGGAAUGGUCGCAAAGGGCAGAGAUGCAUCGGAUCUUUUUCCAGCUGUGGUGAAGAACGUGGUAUCAAAAAACAUAGAAGUUAAAAAACUGGUAUACGUAUACUUGGUUCGAUACGCCGAGGACCAGCAGGAUUUGGCACUCCUCUCAAUUUCCACAUUUCAAAGAGCUUUGAAAGAUCCAAAUCAGCUUAUAAGAGCCAGUGCAUUGAGAGUUCUAUCCAGUAUACGAGUACCAAUGAUAGUUCCAAUUGUAAUGCUGGCAAUAAAGGAUUCUGCAAGUGAUAUGUCUCCAUACGUGAGAAAAACAGCAGCACAUGCCAUUCCAAAACUUUAUUCACUCGAUCCAGAGCAGAAGGACGAAUUGAUCAGUGUCAUAGAGAAAUUACUAUCCGAUAAAACGACACUGGUGGUUGGAUCAGCUGUAAUGGCGUUUGAGGAAGUUUGUCCAGGGAGAAUCGAUUUAAUUCAUAAGAAUUAUCGUAAAUUGUGCAAUUUAUUAGUGGAUGUUGAUGAAUGGGGCCAGGUAGUCAUUGUAAAUAUGUUGACAAGAUAUGCGAGAACGCAGUUUGUUAAUCCAAAUGUCGAUGAGAUCGAGACACAGGAUGAAAAUACACCAUUUUAUGGGUCGGACUCUGAAGAAUCAUCGAAAACUGACAGUAAAAAAACGAAAUUUUCACUCGAUACUGAUCAUCGAUUGUUGUUGAGAAAUACUAAACCCCUUUUGCAAAGUCGAAAUGCAUCUGUUGUUAUGAGUGUUGCACAGCUCUAUCAUCAUGUUUCACCCAGAACAGAAGUUAUGGUUGCUGCUAAAGCUUUGAUAAGACUUUUGAGAAAUCAUCGAGAAGUCCAGAGCAUCGUUCUUCAUUGCAUUGCUAGCAUAUCAAUUUCGAGAAAAGGAAUGUUCGAACCCUUUCUUAAGUCAUUUUUCGUCAGAACUUCGGAUCCUACGCACAUAAAACUCCUGAAGCUCGAUAUAUUGACCAACUUAGCCACUGAAGCGAGUAUUGGAGUUAUUUUGAGGGAGUUCCAGACGUAUAUUUCGAGCAGUGAUAAGGAAUUCGUUGGUGCUAGUAUACAAGCUAUUGGUCGGUGUGCCAGUAAUAUUAAGGAAGUUACCGACACCUGCCUCAGUGGUUUAGUCUCUUUGUUGAGUAAUCGUGAUGAAGUGGUGGUGGCCGAGAGUGUGGUUGUGAUAAAAAAGCUACUGCAGACCCAACCGAACGAGCACAAGGAGAUAAUUGUUCACAUGGCAAAAUUAAUGGAUUUCAUCACUGUACCGCAGGCUCGAGCAUCAAUUCUCUGGCUCCUCGGUGAAUACUCAGACAGAGUGCCAAAAAUAGCUCCCGAUGUUCUUCGAAAAAUGGCAAAGAGUUUUGUAAAUGAAAAAGACAUCGUUAAACUUCAGACUCUGAAUCUUGCUGUAAAAUUGUGCCUCAAUAAUCCAGAACAAACGAAACUAUUCUGUCAAUAUGUAUUUCAACUGGCCAAGUACGACCAAAAUUACGACAUAAGAGAUAGAGCAAGAUUUCUACGUUGGUUUAUAUUCGAGGACGAUGGAAUUAAAGACAAAAAGCUUCCAGAAUACGCAAAGAAGAUUUUCUUUGCCCCUAAACCAGCUCCAACACUGACAUCACGAGUCAAAGGCUCUCAGUAUCAGCUGGGGACACUUUCACAUUACUUGGACAUGUCUUGUUCAGGAUAUAAACCAUUGCCAGAUUAUCCGGAAAUUCAGCCGGAUCCCUCAGUACGUGACGUAGCUGAGCCAGUAGUAGCUCAUGAACAGAGAGAGAAACGUCAUGGACGAAAGGACAAGAAGGAAAAGAAAAUGAAGGAAAAGGCAUUUUACAGCGAGGAAGAGACUUCUCCAUCGGAAUCAGAAGAGCCUGAGGAAUGUUCUGAGACAUCAUCCAGUGAAUCCACUGAGGAAUCAGAUUCAGAGUCUUCAGAAUGUAGUUCAGAUGAUGAAAAAUCGGAGGAGAAAAUUAAUAGAGAGAAAAAUAACGAUGCUAAGUCCGAAACUUCUGAGAGUGAAUCAGAGAGUGAUGAGUCAGAUUCUGAGGACAGUGGAUCGUCCGAUACUGAACCUGAAUUGAACAAGCCCAGUGUUAAAGUGAAGAACGAAAUUGUCAAGGAAAAGCCAAAGAAUAAUUUGGAUCUGCUUCUGGAGCUUGAUGACAUUUUACCCAUGACAUCGAUGAUGACUCUUGGAGGCCUUCUUACUCCGAUGAAUUUAUCCUCUGGCAAUGUUAAUGGCGUCAGAGAGGUCGCAGCUACUUUUGUACCAGUUGAAAAGACUGAAAUUGUCAAUAAAAUCACUGGAAAGGGGCUGAAAGUUGAAUCAAGAUUCACUAGAUCCCAGCAUCUUGUCAGCUCGAAUCUCAUUAGUUUUGAGUUAAUUUUUACAAAUUGCGGUAAUCGUACUGUCAAUAAUAUUCAUGUUGGGGAGAAGAAUUUAUCGUCUGGAAUGUCCAUGCAUGAUUUCACAGCGAUUCCGGUUCUUCAACCAAAUAUGAGUUUAUCUACUGUACUUGGAGUGAAUUUCAAUGAUUCCACACAGCCCGCUAAUUUUAAUAUUGAAUUCAUGAUUGAUGACGAGGUGCAUUCAAUUCCUAUUAGCUUGAAGGCGUCUAUCGGAGAGAUUGUUAGGGCUAUCAAAUUGCCAGAAAAUAUGUUCAUCGCUGAGAAAGAGAAAUUAAAGGGGAUGAAUGAACAUUUUUCGAAGAUCAAAUUCUCAGGGACGAAGAAGGAUUUACUGCAAAAAAUCUAUCAAGCUGCCAAUAUUUCGCUCGUUUCGGAUGAAUUAGAUAUAAUGAGGUUCGCUGGUUGCACCGUAACAUCAAAAUCUAUGAUCUUGAUAACAAUAAAAUUCUUAGAUUCUCAAGAGUUGGAGGUAUGUAUUAACUGUGAAAAAAUGGUCAUAGGCUCAAUGUUGUUGAACGAGAUGAAGAGUCAUUUGUUGCGAUGAAAAUGCAAUGCAAUUUAUCUUUCAAAACGUUUUUUUUCUCUUUUUAAGAAGUUGUAAGAAUCAUUAAUGACAGUAUCCGUUAAAGAGAAAUGAAAAUGUAUUUACAAAUAACAAUUUCUGCUAUCACAUGAGCCUUCAGUCCAUGUAUCGUUUCACUUGAAUUUUACAUAUUGUAAAGGACUGUAUAUUAAUACAUUAUAUACACUGAAAAAAAAAUACUCUAUAACAUUGAAAGAUUAUGAAAAUUAUUUUUUUCUAAUAAAUGAUUCGUAAAAGUAA